GUUCACCACUAACCACUUAAAAAUCCCAUACCGCAUCUCUGGCCUUGUGGAGAUAUUCUUCCGAUUUGUAUCACGUGCCGAAGCGCUGGCUGAUCCCGCCUCGCCUCACGCUUCACCGCGCCUGACGCUCGAAAGCUGCAUCUUCCCGCGCAAACGGCUUCCCUUCACUUCAGUGGCUGGCGCAAGUCGCGCAUUAGUCGCAUAGCAAAAUGUCCACCGAUCCUCGACGGCGACCUCCUCCGCCUCCACCACCGCCCGAACCCGCCGCACCCACCAUGGACGCCGCCCGCGAUCCGCAAACCGCAGACGAAGCCGCGAGCCGGCAACAGGCCAUCACAGACCAAAUUACCACAGGCGACGGCCCUCCGCGACCAACUCCGUCGCCGGUAUCUGUGUCAGGACAGCAAGAGCAGACAUCAGAGGCCAGCCAAACGCAGAACACCGGGGACAGCUUCAAGCUCCGCUUCUGCACCGUCUGCGCCAGUAACAACAACCGCUCCAUGGAAGCCCAUCUCCGCCUGACCACAGCGCCCUCCCCAUAUCCUACCAUCAGCUUCGGAACAGGAAGUCUCGUCCGCCUGCCGGGGCCCUCCAUCAGCCAACCCAACGUCUACCAAUUCAACUCCACCAGCUACUCCGCCAUGUACGAGGAGCUCAAGGAAAAGGACAAACGCCUCUAUUCCGCCAACGGCAUUCUGCCCAUGCUCGAGCGCAACAAGAACGUCAAAUGGGGGCCCGAGCGCUGGCAAGAUUGGAGACCUGGCGUCCCGCGCGUGGGCAAACGAUUGAUCAACGGGGCAUAUACCGGCGACGACGUGGAGUGGUCGCAGGACAAGGGCGCUCAAGGUACGGAAGCGGGAACAGUCGAUGUGGUGAUAACGUGCGAAGAUCGGUGUUGGGAAGCAGUGGUGGACGAUUUGCUCAAUAGAGGUUCGCCCUUGAAUCGGCCUGUGCAUGUCUUCAAUGUGGAUAUUAAGGACAACCAUGAGGAGGCGCUAGUGGGAGGCGGAGCGAUUCUGGAAUUGGCAGAUAAGCUGAACGAGGCGGCGAGAGAAGAGAGAGGGGAUCUGGUCAGGAAUGGUGGCAAUGCGGCAGCUUUUGACCAAGGGAGUGCAGGCGCAAGAGCAGGAUUUGAUGAGAGGGUACCUGACAUCUUGGCUGAGUGGCAGGAGAGGUGGCCGCAAUUGCCGGCGUUGUGGACGCUGGCGUGGCUCUGAAACGAAUAAGAUGGAUGCUUCUAUGUCGAGGAGCAACUGCUUUCUCCGGCAUGGCAUUUCUUGCGCACGUUCAUACCGGUGUUGUGCCAAUAUCGGGAUUCGAGCUGCAGUGACAGCGUUGCACUAUGCUCAAGCGUUCGCAUUCCGAAGGGGCACACGACGAGCACAAUAAGGCACUAUUGAUUGCCUCACGCACUGCCGGACUCCAUUUUGAUGCUUGAGGUGGACGCCUGCAUUGUCAACGGGCUCAUACGAGAGUGAACAAAGUCGGCUGCGAGCGAAUGAGACGCAUUGCGCAAGUACACAUGGACCGCAACCCGUGCACGUCGCCUUGCAAUCGUGUAGUCUAAUCCACGUACGCCAAGUUGUAACAUUAGAUCGAGGACGAGGAGCAGCAGCGCGAGGAGAGCUCGUCUCUCAGGACAUGCAAAGGAGACGAACUCCGCUUAUGGAGCGCAGAUGAAGUUCAGCGAGCCAACGCGGAAUGAGAUGCGACUGUGUGUAUGGCCAACAAUUGCAAAGAUCAGUCUGGCACACUCUCUGCAAUAUAGCAGGGAAAUUUGCUCUUGCGAUC